AGAGCUGGGAAGGUGGGGGCAGAUCACAUCAACAUCUCGGCGUUGGGCUGGGUCUGCGUGGAGCCUCAGAAAUGUUCCCCAGCCCAUUCUUCCCAAGAACCAAUGAGUAAAAUCAGGGGCCUCCCACCUGAGGUCAGGGAACCAGGCCCUGGAGUGGAACUUGGGGUGGAAAAUGGCCUUCUUUGUCAACUGAUUCAUUCUCCAGAAUUCAACUUGUUCUCCAACUCGGUGGUGUUUGAAAGCAACUUUAUCCAGGUCACUAAGCCCGGGAACUGGAGAGAUGUCUGUGAAGGGUCUGCCACCGUGAUCCUUGGGGUGACCUCCUCGGUGCCCUCCCUGCCGCUCCCCAAUGUCCUCCUGAUGGCCAAUGUUACCUGGCCCCGGGGUCCAUUUUCCACCUGGAGCACACCUGGUGAUGCCCCAGUCAUCACCCUCAGCAGGCUUCUCCCCCUGAAGUACGUGGAGCUGCGAAUCUACGACCGGCUCCAGCGCAUCCUGAGGGUUAGGACAGUGACUGAAAAGAUCUACUAUCUGAAGCUCCACGAAAAACACCCAGAGAUUGUGUUUCAAUUCUGGGUCCGCUUGGUGAAAAUUCUGCAGAAAGGCCUGUCCAUCACCACCAAAGACCCGAGAAUCGAAUUCACUCACUGCCUGGUGCCCAAGAUGCCCACCAGCUCCAUAGAAACAACAUCCCUGGGCUCCAACAGGAACAAUGACACUGCCAUUGAAAUAGACAACCGCAGCAGCUACAAGAUACCCUCACCAGUGGCAUCUCCAAUCAAUUUGAAUAUACCCAUGAGAGCUGUCUUGAGCCACAGCCUCUGGGAACAGGAGGAUCCGGAUGAGCACCUUCUACAAGUUCCUGUAGCCAGUUCCCUAGGAGAGCACUUCUUGGGACCCUGACACCUAGGCAAAACAUGCUCUUCCUGGCAUGCGUGUACUUGUACUUGCUACCACCUCUUAUAAUGCUCCUUUCCCACUGUGAGCCGAGUGACCAUGGGAGAGGUAAAAUGGUAUUUCCAACAAGGUGCUUCUGUGCUUCCACCAAUAAACUUCCAAGUGAGUCCCUAA